GGUAAAUUGAAGCAACUAUAUAAAUGGGGCCGAUCUACAUCUGCAGCCAGUACAGACAUUGUGUGUCCACGUGCAAAUAGAGUAUCUCGUAUAUCCAUCCAUAUUUAAAAUGAAAACUAUUUUUGCUUUCAUCGCUUUGUUGGCGGUUGUAUUCGCCGCCCCACAAAACCCAGCAGACAGGGAUGCUGUCGUCGUUCGUAGUGAACUGGAUAACAUUGGUGUUGAUGGAUACAACUGGGCUUACGAAACCAGCAAUGGAAUUUCCGCCUCCGAGCAGGGCCAGUUGAACAACGCCGGUACUGAGAACGAAAUCAUGGCCGUUCGUGGUCAAUUCAGCUACGUCGGUGCUGAUGGAGUUACCUACACUGUAACAUACAUCGCCGAUGAAAAUGGCUUCCAACCACAGGGAGCACAUCUUCCUAAAGCGCCAUGAGUAUCCACAGCGACCGCAGCGCCCUCCAUAGGGUAGCUCAAUUGUCGCCGAGUAUCUACAUUCGACAAUUUAAAUCAAACUACGCAGAAGAAGGAAAUUUACAACAAAUAAUCAAUAAUACAUAAUUUUCAUAAAAUUCUGUGUUGCUGAUGAUGAUAUUUUCUCACUUCGCGUUUCUAUUUAUGUAAAUAUUGUAAGAUAAACAGAUGAAACUAUUAAAUAAAAGGAAACUUUACAAGAA